CGGAUUCGUCGGCAGAGAAACUGGCGGUCGAUUCCCAGAUGCGUCAGUUCUCUUUCAUUGCAACCUUUGGCUGGGUACUCAGUGCUCACCAUCCCCCUAUGUCACUUAUAUUAUAACUCUUCAACAAUUUCUGCUGAGUCGAGUCAAAUAUUUGCCAUUGGAUGAUUAAUUUGGCAUUUGGUUUGGCCAUCCUCCAGAUCCUCCGUUCCAAGCACUUCAAGCAUGUCGUUGUGAGCCUUUUUGCUUGCAAAAUGAGGUCUUCUACAAGCUAGGGAAACCUCUCAAGAUCAAGGCCGUUUGCCGGCGGACUUCUCAGAUUAGCAGAAACUAGGUGGCCGUGACAAGAGGUUAAUCAUAGCUUGACCGCAGAGGAAGGGGAGGCUGGAUGGCUGGGCAGCUGUUGUAUGCCUUCGGUUGGCUGUCUCAAUUGGGGCUAGAGACGCCCGAGGAAGUGGCCACUCGCGCCCCAUGGGAGGGCGCAUCGGGCCUGCUGUCCCAGCGGGAGGGCGCACCUGAUUCGCUGUCCACAACAAGUGCAUCGCCAGAUACUGCCAUUUACGAUCCGCAAAGGGACACCAACUAUGACAUUCCAAACGAGGCGCAGGAUGCGCUUAAGCAGUAUGGCGACAUGAUCGCGAUUGGGGGCUACCUUUCCCCGGAGGCUUAUGACCCCCAGUCUGACACAGAUUACGACGUGCCAGAGGGUCUUCCAGAGCUCAAGGCAUUGUAUGCAGCGGCCCACCAGACGGCUCUUGAAGCGAGUCGAGGAUCAAGCAUACUGCGCUCACAGAAGAACAAAAAGAAGAAGCCCAGGUGGGCAGCAACGGGCAAGCAGGGCUUGAUAGAGGUUGUCGAUGAGCCCACGGUGGCUCCUUUUACAUCCAUCGGACGGGUCUUUGUCGACAACGAGAAGGAGGGAGCCAUUCUUGGUUCAACGUUCAGGCCCGAGUUUGGCGACGAUGGGGCGGAUGCCCUAGUCGGACCCGACGGACUUCUCUCCUCCGCGCACCUCUUUCACCCCCUCAAGGACAUCGAGGCUGCGCACGUCAGAUUCAUGACUCCCGACGGCAACGGUCACAACGAUUAUACAGUCAAGAGUGUGGCUAUGCCGCAGAGCUACGUCGAGGCCCGUGACCGGAGGGCCCGCUAUGAUUGUGACUAUGCCGUCCUCCAAGUUGCUCCCUUGAGAGAAACAGAGGAAGUAUCGAAGGUGGUUCCCGCCCUCUCCACCACGUUGGGCCGCACCUUCCUAACACCAAAGCAUCAAAUUGUGAAGGUCGGUUUCGGCCGAAUGGACCCCGAGUCGGGGAGCCCGGUGGAGCUUCUUCAAGACAAGGGGCAUUUCAUGAUCGAGCUGGGACCCGGAAAGUCUUUUGGGUCGGAGGGCUGGGGGAGGCGGGGGCUGAGCGGGGGACCAUCCUUCGAGAAGGGAAGGGUGGUGGGAGUGAACUGUGCUGGGGGCGAACGAGACGAUAUCGCUGUUACGUCAAGGGUGUUCAAAAUCGAGUUAGAGAACAUGGUCGAGAAGAACCUCGACUGGGCCGGCUUCUAGCAAGCAAUCACACGGAGGGAAGGCGAGGGGCCGUAUCGAGCAGAGACAGCUUUGAGCUCAAUGUUUGUAUCCCAAAGACCCUAAAGUACUCCUCUGGACCGCUACACCUCAACUCAUGUUUUUUCCCGAAGGAUUGUAAUCACGCAAUUGGAAAUUUGCCCAAACAUAACCUGUCAGAAUUUCAAUUGGACGCAAAGUAUCAAUUUCAUACAUGAUAUCAGUGUGGACGAUACUGUGCUACACGAUGGACAAUGGGUUGAACGGUGUAAACGGGUGUUGCAAUAGGCCCCUAGGGGCAUGUGAUCGGGUGUGAUAAUAUGUGGCCACGUACCGGCCUUAGCCCAGGUCAUCACACACAAACAGUUCUGGCGACCCCUUUUAGGGGUUUGGGACGAC